AUGGCGAAGUCUGCUAGUUACUACAACGUGGAUGAUUUCAACGCCUAUAAGAGGAAGCAAGGGAAAUGCCUGCCACCAAGGGUCAACGUUCUAGCGGCUGCAAACCAUAUUCAGGCGCUCUUUGAUGCUAAGAAAUUCACAUGGGGCUUUAUGGGCGGGUUGUCGAUGCUGUGUCUGGGAUACAAACGCGAGAUGCCUGACCUCCACAUCGCUUACGAUGACAAGGACUUCGAGCGACUCAAGUCCAAACUAGAAUCUGACCAGCGGGUUCGGUUGCCAACAGGCGUGAAUCCACUUCUUCCAUUCAAGAUACUUGUCUGGACUGGUCCAGAGUACAAGGAUCAAGGUUGUACGAUAAAUUCAAGUAUCGAGCUGAAUCUGGCACCUUCAGGUCUGUUGUUAACCAUAGCCAUAUUCUAG